AUGGCCCGGACUGCGGGACCGCGGCGGGUAACGGCGCGACGCGAUGCGCUCGGCGACGGUCCCGGCCCGGGCGGCCCGGGGCAGUCGCGGCGCGGCGGGGCCGGCGGCGACGCGUCCGGUGCGGGCUGGUGGCCGCGGGCGCCCGCCGCCGUCGAGCCCCGACGGCGGCCCGGACCAAGGCCGGCUGGUAGCGGCGGGCGGCGAGGCGGGCCGGGACCGGGCAUGCCGGGACCCUCGCCCGGCGGCUCCCCGGAGCGGGAGGCGGGGGCCGGCGGGCGGCCGCGGGGCCCCGGUGGGGGCAGGCGGGUGCGGUUCCGCCUGCCCCACACCGCCAUCGCCGUGCCGUCGGUGCGCGAGGAGGAGCGGCUGUUCUACCGGCGGCUGGAGGCGCUGGCGGCCCCGGGCCCCGGCGGCUUCGGGCCGCUCUUCGCGGCCGACGGCUGGAGCGACCUGACAGAGGACCGGCUGCUGCGGAAGCGCGUGGUGCGGGACGGGCAGGGCGGGCCGCGACCGCGGCCGGGCCAGGAGGUGUCGGUGAAGGUGCUGGGCGCCCUGGAGGACGGCGGGCUGGUGGAGCGGGACCCGCGGCUCACCUUCGUGCCGGGACACGGCGACGUCGUGCAGGCCCUGGAGCUGGGCGUCCCCACCAUGCAGCCCGGGGAGGUCUCCUUCUUCCUCGCCGCCUUCCCCUACGGCUACGGCCGCCCGGGCAGGGAGCCCGACGUGCCGCCCGAGGCACCGCUGCUGUUCGAGGUGACGCUGCUGGAGGUGCGAGACGGCCCCGACCCGCAGCCGCUGCCGCCCGCCGCCCGCCUGCGCCUGGGCUCGCAGCGGAGGGAGCGGGGCAACUUCCACUUCGCGCGGGGCGACUUCGCGGCGGCGCUGCGCUCCUACCGCCUGGCCCUGCGCGCCCUCGACGGCCCCGCUGCCGCCCCGCCCGGGCCGCAGGAGGAAGAGGAGCUGCGGGAGCAACGCGUCAAGUGCCUCAACAACUGCGCGGCCGCCGAGCUGAAGCUGGAGCGGGCGGCUGAAGCGCUGGCGGCCUGCGAGGCGGCACUGCGCAUCAGCCCGGACAACGGCCGGGCGUUGCUUCGGCGGGGGCAGCUGCUGGCGCAGCAGGGCCGGGACGCGGAGGCCGCGCUCGACCUGAGGAGAGCCCUGGAGCUGGACCCGGCCAGCAAGGUGAUUCACGCCGAGCUCUCGCGGCUGGUGAAGCGCCGGAGCCCCCCGGCCCGCGCCGACCCCCAGGAGCCCCGCCAGGGCCCGACGCCGCCGCCGAGCCCCGGAGCCCCAGCACCGCCCGCGCCGAAAGGAGAAGCCUGAGCGGCGCCGCGGAGCCCGCCCGGAGGAGCCGCCGCCCCCCCCAGGGAUGGAGAAGAGGCUGCGGGGCCGCCGGUAGCCCGGCCCGGCCCGAGGGUCGCAGCGGCUCCGGGCGUCGGACCGAGGAGCGGGAAAGGCGCCCCCAGCGCCCCACCCCCCGCCCC